AAGAUGCACGAGCUAAGAGUUUGUCAGUGUAGGGCCGUUUUUGUUGUUGUUCUACCACCGGAAAAAGCACACUAAUCUAGAUCGGAGUCUUCUUAAUAAUUUGACAACAGGAUGGCUCCAUAAUUGCCUGAUGAUGUGCACCUGCAAAUGUGUGGCUGACUUUUAACAUCUUAGCUGAGUUGUCACAACACCAAAAUUCGGACUUUUGAUUCUAUACCUGCAUAAAGUACCUCGUCGAUACUGAAAUUAUACCAUGUAAUAAACCUAAAACAUCAAGCAGUGGAAUUAAGAGAUGACAAAACAUGGAACUUAAAAUUCUUAGUGUUUUUAUGAAUUCAAAAUAUAAUUGGGCAGUGGAGGAUAGUAAAUGUUUCUUUUUAAAUAAUUUGAUCAUAUGUUCUUUAAAGAAGAAACACCACUGGUUUGGAGCCACACCAUAGCCUGACAACAGGAUGAACAACCAUUCAAAGCAGACCCUGGUAGAGAUGUUCUGAGCCAAGAUGCCUUUAUUUGAUGAAACUGUGGCAUUUGCUGGACUGUCAAAGCCAUCAGACAUGUCUGGGUUUAUUGUAAAGCCGGUGCUCCAGUAUGGCGGGGCCUAUUUGGCCUACAACCCCCGAGGAAAGGAUGCAGCAGAGUUGACAUCACCUUGGACUAAAUCAAACGCUUCUCUGUUGGAUGCAAGAAGUCCGAUAAGUCAUGCCUCUGGCGCAACAACUGGCGGUGACAAUUCAUCUCUGUUGUAUGACAAUCCCGUUUUCUUAGCGAUUCCAAAAGCUGUGUAUGGACAUAAGCCCUGCUGCCAUGAUCUGGGUUGCAUGAUGGGACAUCGGUACAGCGUGGAGCAAAGAUCCCAGACAGCAGCCAUUGCUGAUUUUGAGCACGGCUGGACUCGAGGGGAGGCUUACCACAACAAAAGAUCACCCAUCCAGCGAAAGGGGCAAGACAAACAGCAAGGUUUACCGUUGCAUCCCAGUGAAGAACAAGUCCAUAGCAUGUCUGCAGAAAGUUUGAGCAGAGGAAGGCCAACUCGAAUGGAGCCAAACUACUGUGGCUACCCCUGUAUGUCUCCUCUCUCCAUGGUAACGUCUUUAAGUGAGCAGAGCAGACAUUUACAGCCUUCCCCUGGAAGCUAUGCAGGCUUUCACCCCUCCCAUGCAACAUAUGAGCAUAUGACCUCAGAGCUUUAUCAAGAAUGUUAUCCCAUGUCCAAAUAUGGCCAUCCAACAAAGCACUCAAUGUUUUACUACCCGCAGGCCAAUGUGGAGGUAGAAAACAGAACACAUUGUCGGGAUAUUGGUGGCAAGCAGAGAGAAGACGUUCCCGUUAUGCGAAAAAGCACAAUUCCAAGCCCGCGGGAGCAUUAUACAUUCCCUCAGACACUUCAUGGUGACAUUCCUUUGUUUUUGCAUAGCACUGAAACACAACCAAAUAACUCCUUUGUGCAGGGCUUCAACUAUCCUUGUUAUGAACGUCCUGGAUUUCCUAACAGUCCAAUCAGAAAUGUAGAAAGGCAGCAUGUACCACCUGGGCUGCCUUCACAUAGAAUCAGUGUUUCGCCAUCAGACCAAUGUUUGUCCCCUGCAGCCAGCCUUCAGAAGAGCAACACCAACCGUCAUGUUGGACCAUUGGACACUUCCCAUUCCUUCCUGCGGAUGGACCCAAUCAGUCCAACUCAACAUGUAGGACAAUCUGUGUUGCCUUCCCACAUUCAAAUUAGCAGACUGUAUCCCUCGAUCACCCAUCGACUUGAUCAUCAGAUGGAUCAACCAGUCAUUAAACCUUGUGGCUUGACCAAAGACAGACUGCUGGACUAUUCUUCUAAUGUAGGCCAGUUUACGUGCCCCAAACAUCCCAAAGGCCUCCCAGUUUCCCCAGGGACGCGGCUUACCCAAUCCCCAAAACAUGGGUCAGAUUGCCUCAGCGCAGCUUUAACUAAUGGGCCUAAGUUUGGAACAGUCAUUGCCACAGGUAAUAAGCACAAUGGACUUGCAUGCAGCUCUGCCACCUCUGUUCUUGAAGGCAGCCUGAAGCGACACUUUCCUUCACUCUUAAAAAUAAAAGAAGAGUCUCUGGAUUUAUGUGAAGUUGACUUGAUUAAAAAGCGGCAAAAGUUGGAAAUGGAGGGGCUCCUCAAACGAAAUCAAGAGGAGUCCCCUGAAAUGCCAGUUAUUGAUAAUGUGUUUAGCCUGGCACCUGACCUAGGAUACCUAAAAACAUCUGGAGUGUUACUUCCAGACGUACAACCUGGGGGAAGCAUGCUGAUGCUGUUGGCCGAGCACUGUAAAGUCAAACCCACAACACCCCUUAAAGAAAUAAAACCUGAUCCAGUUGAACAACCAAUCCAUGUCUGUCCACAGAGGCCUGAAGUACAAUUGAUUGAACCCACAAAGAUCAAAGUGGAAAAGAUAAAUCAAUCAGACCCAUGUGAUGCUAGUGCAAAUUCUCUUAGUCAGGCUGCUUGCAGCACAAUACAGGAUCAAAUCAAACUGCAACCUGAAGAUGCAAGUUUGUCAGACACCAAGUCCGUGCUGGUCAUUCAGAUAUGUGAACCUGAAAAACUUGAACGUAAACCUUCAUCACUAGAGGCCAACUAUCCUUUACAUACUUCCAAACCUCCAAACUCACCCUCUGUGUGUAAUGCCAGGACAUCAGAGGAGAAGGUAUUCAAAACUGAGCCCAAACCGGUCAGUCCACUUAAACCACUUAAAGCCAAAUUAGAUAUCAAAACCGUUCCACCCGAGUGCCUAAUUCUUAGCUCCACCUACAAUAUCUGGCCCCCUGAUAUGAAGGUCUGUCGUCCGGCAGCACCACAAGAAACACCUGUGCAAAUUCAAGAGGAAUCAUCACCAACAAAACAGAAACCACAAUCUGUUCGUAAGCAUUUUUUAGAGCUGCAUCGCACUCUCUGCAAGCAGAUAUCCAAAUGCGUGUCUAACACCUCCGAGCAACAGCUCCGAACCUGGCGGUCUCAACUGGAACUGGUGGAAUCCUCAUCAACCAAAGUCCAGAAGGUCUCCUGCUUAUUGGGGAUUAAAGCCAGGCACAAGUGGCUCAAUAAGGAGAUCAGCUCUGCUCUUCAGGAGGUGCUGGAUAGGUUCAGGGAAUACAUCAUACAUGAGCGCUGCCCUUUUCCACACGUCAUGAGAACCGCGGCGGUGUUCCUCCCCAUGCUGGUGAUAAAAGAAAUUCUUUUUCCCGUGGUGCCCGGCAACUUCAUCGACCAAGUCCUGCAAGAACACAAAGUGGAACUACGACCCACGACACUCUCCGAGGAGAAGAUCCUCAUUCAGCUCCACAAACCCUGCUCGUCCCGCCUCAGGAGGCUGAUUUCACUCAAACACCUGCCCAACGUCUACACCGACGUGCUCAACCUCUUGUAUUACUCCAAUGUCUGCAAGCACCUAGGUGAGUGCAUUAAAUGUAUUUGGAUCAUGACAGGUAGGCCUUGAUAGGGCAACAAACCAUAUUUAGGAACUGUGUGAUUUAUCUUAGGCUGGAUUUACCCGACAUGAUUCAAGUCGCGAUUCCGUUAUUUUUUCCAGUUAGCAACGUAAAGAGAAAAACCCACAAAAUUGGACAUCUUCGGUUUGGAAUCAGGCCUCUUUCAAAUGGGGAUGAAGAUCUGAUUGCCGUGUAUACAUUAUAUCUGAUAAAACCACCAAUGUGACGGCAGUGUAAACUGAUUGCUUGCGUCUAUUCUGUCAAUGUGAGCCUGACAUAAUUGUAAUACACCAACCAAUAUCAUACCCACAUGCCUUUACACAAAUUAUAUAUUCACACUAAGGUAAAUAAAGAGUACAGUGGUGCCUUGGGAUACGAGUGACUUGACCUAUGAGUUUUUCGAGAUGCGAAAAACACUGUAACUCAAUGUGCUUUACAUGAUUCAAAGCAUUUAAAAACAAAGAAAAAAACAGCUUAUAAACAUUUAAAACAAAAAGAAAAAAAUACAAAUACAAUUAAAACAGCGUACAGUGCAAGAAAUAUAAUUUACAAGUGGAAAUGCUCUAAAAAGCAUGGAAAAAAAAGAAGAGUUUUUUAACUUGGACUUAAAAACAUGCACACUUGGGGCUGACGUCACUUCUGUUGGCAACUUAUUGCAUUUGUGUGCAGCAUAAUAGCGAAAUGCUGCUUCACCAUGUUUGCUUUGGACUCUUGUGCGUCACUAUUUGACCUGAGUCUGUCGAUCUCAGAGCCCUACUGGAUUUAUAUUCCAUUAGCAUUUCAUUCAUGUAUUCAGGACCUAAACCGUUUAGAGAUUUAUAGACCAGUAGCAGAACUUUAAAAUCUAUUCUAAAGCUGACUGGAAGCCAGUGUAAAGACUUUAGAAUUGGAGUAAUAUGCUCUGACCUCUUUGUUCUGGUCAGAACCCGAGCUGCAGCAUUCUGAAUGAGCUGCAGCUGUUUAAUGCUCUUCUUAGGGAGUCCAGUCAGAAGACCAUUACAAUAGUCAAGUCUACUUGAGGUAAAAGCAUGAAUGAGUUUCUCCUGGUCUGCUUGACACAUGCAAGCCUUCACUCUGGAUAUGUUCUUCAGAUGGUAGAAGGCAGUUUUAGUAAUUGAUUUGAUAUGACUGUUGAAGGUCAGGUCGGAAUCUAUCAGAACACCAAGGUUUCGGACUUGGUCUUUGCUUUUUAAACAGAGUGACUCCAGAUAUUUACUAACAGCAAUACGCUUUUCUUUAUUGCCAAAAACAAUUAUCUCAGUUUUGUUGUGGUUUAAUUGAAGAAAAUUUUGGCUCAUCCAGAUAUUUGUCAGUUUUAGACAGUGACACAACACCUCAAUUGAACUCAAAUCAUCUGGAGACACUGCUAGAUAUAACUGUGUCAUCUGCAUAGCUAUGAUAGUCAAAAUUAAGAAGAAGAAUUUGACUCAAGGGUAACAUAUACAGGCUGAACAGGAGGGGUCCAAGAACUGACCCUAGAGGGACCCCAUAGGUCAUUGCCAUUCGAUGAGAUUGAAAACUUCCAAUGGUUACAAAAUAACUCUUUUCCUCCAGGUAGGACCUGAACCAUUUAAGGACUGUUGUCGAUGCGAUUUGUUUUGCUUUCACUUGCUAGUGCAAAUUUACUAAUAUACGAGCGCUGCAUGGUGGCAGUGAACUAAAUUCAACUCAAUUCACAAUAAGCAGCAGUGUGGUAAAUUUCAACAAAUCAUCAAAAAUAGGCUUUAAGCUUUUUAAUGCCACUCCCAGUUGAGGUUUACUGUCAAACUAAACGGCAAACAAAAAGAAUGACAUGUAAAACAACAACAGAUUUGCCUCAGUAAAUUCUGCUUAGGUUAAUCCUAAAAAAAAAAAAAGCAAAACGCCAUUGAUACGCUUACGUUAGCAUCGAUUGGUAUUUAUUAAAUUAAACAACACGUAGACAGACAAUGUAACACCACUUACAGGCAUUUAUUCUUUAUCCUCUGUAAAAUGACUAAUAUUAUAGCAUCUUACUGAGUCACUUAAGUAGUAGCAAUAGUAGAAGUACUACUCUUUGUAGUAUGUGUCUGUAUAACUGUAGUAUUAUACUACCUCUGGCCAAGGAGGGCACACCAGGAGUAGCAGCACAAUGAAUAAAUUAUGAUGUACAAACAUUCUAUUAUAUUAUUUACUUAGACUUACUUACUUCUGGCGCAAUUGUGCACAUCGGCCGCAGCGUGUCCGGACUGUCCCUUAGCGAUAGGUUGAGAUGCUCGGUCAUCUGGGAGGGCCUCAAAGUCGAGUCGCUGGUCCGCGACAUCGAGAGGAGCCAGAUGAGGUGGCUCGGGUAUCUGUUCAGGAUGCCUCCUUGACGCCUCCCUGGUGAGGUGUUCCGGGUACGUCCCACCGGGAGGAGACCACGGGGACGACCCAGGACACGCUGGAGAGACUACGUCUCCCGGCUGGCCUGGGAACGCCUCGGAAUGCCCCGGAAGAGCUGGACGAAGUGGCUGGGGAGAGGGAAGUCUGGCCUUCCCUGCUUAAGCUGCUGCCUCUGCAACCCGACCUUAGAUAAGCAGAAGUACAACCCCAAUUGCAAUGAAGUUGGGACGUUGUGUUAAACAUAAAUAAAAUCAGAAUACAAUGAUUUGCGAAUCAUGUUCGACCUAUAUUUAAUUGAAUACACUCCAAAGACAAGAUGUUUAAUGUUCAAACUGAUAAUCUUUAGUUUUUAGCAAAUAAUCAUUAACUUAGAAUUUUACGGCUGCAACACGUUCCAAAAAAGCUGGCACAGGUGGCGAAAAAGACUGAGAAAGUUGAGGAAUGCUCAUCAAACACCUGUUUGGAACAUCCCACAGAUGAACAGGCUAACAGGUGGGUGCCUGUUUUUAUUUAUGUUUAACACAACGUCCCAACUUCAUUGGAAUUGAGGUUGUAAAUGGAUGGAUGGAUGGAUGGAACGAAUUAAUGGCAUUUCCUUUCAUUUCAAUGGUGAACAAUGAUUUGAGAUAGUGUUUUGAGUUACAAGCAUGGUCAUAGAACAAAUUAAAGCGUAAAAGCAUCAAGCAUAAAAUAUGGUCAAAAUUUUGAACAUUAAAAUAAA